CAAAUAUACAAAAGCCCUAAUAUUUACAUAGGUGGGUAACAGAUAGCUGCAAACAAUAGCUGCAAAUACUGUCUGCACGGAGCUCGGGGGGAGAACGGUUCUUCAUUAGCUCUAUAUCCUACUGAUUGUACAUUAUGAGUUAUGGUUUAGGUGGUUUCAGUGGAGGGGGCCGUAGCGGUGGCGGCAGGGGAGGUGGUAGCCGAAACAGAGGGCAUUAUGACGAUGACGAUGAUCGCACUGGUUACUCAUCUUUAGCUACGGAUGAAGAUGAUAUGGGCGCAUUCGCACCCAAAAAGGAGUCUGCUGCGCUAGAUCGCUAUGAUCGAGAGAGUGGCCGCCGGGCGAAUAAAUAUGAUCGAUAUGAUGGUGAUGAUCGACGCAGCCCCAGUCCCCACAGAUAUGGUGGUGACAGUGGCGGCGGCGGUAGCCGAUACAAGGAUGGAGGUGACGACGAUUACUACGGUGGAUAUGAGAGCAACAAGGAUUACGGGAACGACUAUGGGCGUGGCGGAGGUGGCGGUAGCCGUGGCGGUAGCCGUGGCGGUAGCCGUGGCGGUAGCCGUGGCGGUAGCCGUGGCGGAGGCGGUGGAUAUGGAGGCAAAAGAGACGUGUUCGAUGACGAAGAUGACCGUGGAGGCUAUGGUGAUAAUGGUGGUUACGGAGGUGGCAUCAAGCUGCACUGGAAUGUGUACCGAGCAAAGGCGCGUGAGUCAUGGAACGCAACAGGCGUCAGUGGGUUGGAAUAUUCCGUAAUCAAAAGGCCCGAAGAGAUGGUGGCUGUCGAUUUUGAACGAGACGGCUUCUACGUAACGUCAGAUGCAGGACGCGAAUAUUUCUUCGACUACGGCAAGGUGAAGACAAUCAAUCACAAGAGAGGCGAGGAUAAUUUCCUUAAUAUCGUCAUGGCAGACCAGAAGAUGAUAACAUUUUGCACGCCGGACACUGUUGAGCUAAAGGAGGUUGUGUUGCAAAAAAUCAAGGAUACGAAAGGUGUCAAGAUCAAAUCGUACCGUAAUGACAGGGGCGAGAAUCGCACUUACAGCGGCCGAGGCGGCGGCGGCGCUGGCCGUGACGACUACGGAGGUGGCCGAGGCGGUCGUGGAGGGUACGACGAUGAAGAUGAUGAUGGCGGUUAUUCUUACGGUGGCAGGAGCGGUGGUGGCGGCAGUAGGGGUUCAUCACGCGGUGGUGGUGGCAAUAGGGAGAGAGACUCGGACUACUGGUGAUCUACAUCAUCGUGAAUUCAGAGAAACUGCCUUUACGCACUUGCAGUGUCCAGAGUCCGAAUGUAGUGACUGACCAGAGAGGACUGCUAUAGUUUGUCCCCAUACUCCCGAUUCUGCGCACGUUGUCUGACAUUUAGCGAAUAGUCCAGAUUCGUAGUGGGGCACCGUUGCUCUUGAAAGUGACGCAAAUGGGAGACCUCAACACCGGAGGAGGACCACCGCAAGUAUCAGAUAGAUAGAUAGCUAACACUCGUAUGGAACACCCAGUUAUGCAAUUGAGAUUCGAUUGUCCUCAAUAAACCAAUUGUGUGCACUUGUGUGCGUAUAUGUAUAUACGAA